AUGUUCUUAGAGAAAGACAAAUCCGCAGCUACCUCAGAUAAUAUCACGGUGAACGUUACUGAGAUCACCGAGAUCCCCAGUACGUUCGAAGAGUUGAAGGAUCUCAAUUGGGCUCAGAUUACCAAAUACAUGGAAACCAAUCCGAAACCUAAAGCAUAUAGGGCUUUGAGAAAUGAGAUUGCAACAGAGGUAGACAAAGUAAUGACAAGUCGACAUGGUCAUUCUUACGGGGGAACAUACCAUAUAGCCGAGAGUGAGAAAGAUACGCUCAUAUCCGCCUGGACAGAGGCACUGGUGGGACAUUCCGAAGAAGAUAUGACCGCUAUGCAGAAAUGUCUUUCCACGAAGUCCAUCUGGCCAGAGCUCAAAGGUCCCACGAGAAAACAUUACAAAGAUCAAGUUGAUAGUAUGAUCAAGUCUAUGAAGUCAGGACAAGUACCAGUCCCCCAAACGGCUGUUUUCAAUUACAAUCCUGACGAAAAGGGUUUCGUAGUGAACACCCAAGUGACUGGGUAUGGAAGUAUGGAACAAAUCGCCAAACAUAUACUGGAUCAUCAGAAGAUCUGGGCCGAAUCUGCCGAAGAUGUGGCUGGUUGGGACUUCUCAGAAGCUCUUGCUGUACCAGUGGUGACAAAUAAGGGUCUGACGCCUCAGUAA